AUGCUCGUCCAAACUGUGGCCCUCAAGCUGAAUGAGGCCCUCAAGCUGAAUGAGGCCCUCAAACUGAAUGAGGCCCUCAAGCUGAAUGAGGCCCUCAAACUGAAUGAGGCCCUCAAGCUGAAUGAGGCCCUCAAACUGAAUGAGGCCCUCAAGCUGAAUGAGGCCCUCAAACUGAAUGAGGCCCUCAAGCUGAAUGAGGCCCUCGAAACAGUUUCCCACGGCCCUGCUCCUGAGGGCAGCUCCAGUCCUGACAGCGACGUCGCUAAUCCACGCUGGUGCUCAGUGGGCGUGGUCACUGGUAGGUGUGGUCCACAGGCGUGUCAGAGCGAGUACAGCUUCACCUGCUCCUCCAUCUCUCCUUCACUCAUCUCCUGA